UUUUUUCCACUCCCGCUUCCGUUACUCUCUCUCUCGUACUCGCCACGGAACGCCAAGCAAGCUCGAGCCUCGCAGCAAUGGCGUCGCCGGGGGCCAAGGUCUCGUUCCGCGUGCUCCUCGCCGUCCUCGCCGUCCUCGUCCUCUUCUACGUCGGUCGCCCCCUCUACUGGAAAAUCUCCGCCACCGUCCACGACAUCCGCCAGAACAAGCAGACCGUCAAGCAGGGGUUGUCCCAGAUUGUGUACGAAGCGCAGAAGUCGGUCGGGUGGUUCCACGACGAAUCCGACUCCGGCGCCCGGGAGGAUCGCGGGAUGGGAGGGGCGUCGGCGGCGAGUCGGAGGCUGCUUUACGAGGCCAAUCUGUGAAAUUGAUCGGUUUGAUCGAUUUGAUCGAUUGAUCUGUAAGUUAUGCUGUGGAACUGCAAAGUGGAUAGUGGCUGCAUUGUAAUGAAAUUCGGAUUGGUGUCUGGAUCAUUGUAUCUCCAUACUCGUUUGAUGAAUUGGCUGCGAAUUCGCCCUCGGCCUAGUGGGGGUAUUAGGAUGUGAUGGUGUGUAUUCCAUAAAGGUGUCUUUGUUUCUGCAACUGGGAAUGGUAGAGUGUUACGCCGCGUCGAAACUUUGUUUCUUCAGAGGAGUAUCUUCUGCAUUAUAUGGGAUAUAGUCAAGUGGUGGAUACAUGUUUCAGCUUGAGACGGUGCAAACUUGAUAUGCAUGUAUAUUGAAGUAUUUUGGUAUGUGGCCACAAAUAGAAACUUGUGUAUA